UAAAACUUGAAAAACUCGUCCCAAAUUUAAAUGGAUAGCAAAAUCAAUAGUGUAUAAAUACAAGUCGCACAGUCGCACAGUCGCAAAAUUCCGUCCGAUAAUUUUUCAUCUUCUUCUUCUCCAAUUUGAUCGCCGUCGCGAAUCCCAGAAUUCUCACGAUGACGGUUGACGUUUCCUCCGCGGGAUCCUUCAAACGAAGGCGGCUCAUCGGCGCCGUCGAUCACAUCGCCAGCAUCGAUUGCAUGGCCAAUAUCGAGGAGAGCGCAGACGAAUUCUACGACUUCACCCCAGAGGACUACUACCGCAUUCAACGCACGCGGCAGAAAGAAGACAAGUUCCUCAAAACGCAGAAGAUUAGAGAGGCAGAGGACGCAAAACGCAGGUCGAAGAUGACAAGGGCGGUGAUUAGGGUUCGGUUUCCGGAUAAUCGCACAGUGGAGGCAACUUUUCACCCGUCGGAUAAAAUUCAGAGCUUGGUCGAUUACCUGAGGAAAGUUGGUGCUCGACCGGAGUUACCGUUUUACUUAUUUACUGCUCCGCCGAAGCAGGUGAUCAGAGAAAUGUCGCAGGAUUUUUACUCUGCUGGAUUUGUUCCCGGUGCAGUUGUGCAUCUUUCGUACGGUGCACCGAACUAAUGUGAACCAACGGUGCAAUGCACCUGCACCACUUUGGUCACCAUUGUCCUUGUCGGGAAUUUUAUUUUCUAGCUAAUAAUGUUUAAUGGAAAUAAAUUUUCUUUUGUUAUGCACUAAUGCACGCGUUAAUCUCGAUAGUUAGGUUUUUUUUGGUAGUUUGAUUUUUGAACUGUCUUUU